AUGUCCAAAAAACUACGUAGACGCACAUUCUUACACAUCGCUCAAAUUCCGCACAUUUUUGCACAAAUCCUGCACACUUUUUUCCUAUGGUGCCGUGACAAGAGUUGGAAAGAAUUGGUGAUACGAUGGAAAAAUAUCGAGUACUUGGCACUUGGUGGAUAUGUCGGUUUGUUGCCCGGUACAAGACGACGUGCUUUUCUGGGCUCUGCUUUGAAUGACGAUGUAGUGGAUAUAAUUGAAGAAAGAGAAUUUGAAAUUCUUGUUCCCUCGUCGCCUGUAUCUUAUGUACAAUCGCCCCGGUAUUUGCGCAGUUACGCCAAGUCUGCAGCUUUUGAACCAUGGUCUUAUACAAGCAAGAGAUAUAUUCGGAACGGUUUCGAAGCAUGCCAUGGACUAGUCCUCGAUAACUACCCCAAACGGACGAAAAAGCAAAUGGACAAAAGUUGGAACUUUAUCGCAAGCAUUGAACAUUAUUCCGAGCGCGGAGCCAUGACGACGAUGGACAGUCCGAGAUGA